CAUGAUUGGUCACAUGACAGUGUACUGAUAGCGGACAAAAUGGUUGCUCUGUCGAUUGUGUUGUUUGCAGUAGUAAUUGUUUUAUUUAGCGUCUGGUUGUUUAAGCUUGAGAAAAUACGACGUAAUGUGGAUCGACUUGGUGGUCCAGUAUCUUUACCACUUAUUGGUAAUGUACACCAGCUUCGAAGAAAUCCAAAAGAUUUCACACGACAACUCUUUGAGUUUAUGAAAGAGUACUCCCACCUUAAAGUCUUCCGGUUGUUGAUUGGCGGUCACCCGUUGAUAUUAGUCUGCAGUCCAGAAGAAGCAGAGCCUCUGAUGAACAGUACCAAACAUCUGGACAAGGCUUCUGACUACAAUUUCUUGCAUCCAUGGUUGGGCACUGGUUUACUGACCAGCACUGGUGACAAAUGGAAGUCAAGAAGGAAGUUGCUUACACCAACUUUUCACUUCAAAAUUCUCAACGAUUUUGUCAGUGUAUUCAACGACCAGAGCAAAGUUCUUUUAGAGAAAAUGCGGGGGCUAGCAGAUGGGAAAACAACAGUUAACGUUUUCAACGAUAUCACACUUUGUGCUCUGGAUAUCAUUUGCGAGACUGCAAUGGGUCGCAGUGUGAAUGCCCAACUGAACAGUGACUCCGAUUACGUGCAGGCAGUUUACAGGGCAUCUGAGUACACAUUCAUUAGACAGAGAAGCCCCUGGCUGUGGCCAGACUUUCUGUUCCGACUAAUUGGACCUGGCAAGAAGUAUGAUGAGUCCUUGAACAUACUGCACAGUUUUACUGAAAAGGUUAUCAAAGAGAGGCAACAUGAGUUCUGGAAGAGGUAUGACCAAAACAAAGAUAUAACGAUGGAGCAAUUGCUGAGCGAACAGGACCUCAGCAUGGGACAGAAACAGCGACUGGCCUUCCUGGACAUGCUGUUGUGUACGUCAUCUGAAGGGAAGCGACUCUCAUUCCUCGACAUCAGAGAGGAAGUGGAUACAUUCAUGUUUGAGGGUCAUGACACCACUGCAAUGGCAUCCAACUGGGCCCUGCAUCUUAUUGGCACAGAUGUUUCGGUUCAGAAGAAAGUACAUGAGGAAUUAGAUGCUAUCUUUGGUGACAGUGAAAGGGACGCAACUAUGGACGACUUGAAGGAAAUGAAGUACUUGGAGUGCUGCAUUAAGGAGGCAUUACGGAUGCGUCCUUCAGUGCCUGUGUUCGGUAGGAGUCUGACAGAGGACAUUGUCAUCCGUGGCGUUCCUUUGGAAAAGGGCACAAGUGUUCUCAUAGUACCUGCUGCGAUCCAUUCCUUAGAGGAUAUCUAUCCUGAUCCGGAAACAUUUGACCCAGAUCGGUUUCUGCCGGUAAACUGCGUGUCAAGACACCCAUUCGCGUACAUACCAUUCUCGGCUGGACCCAGAAAUUGCAUUGGUCAGAAGUUCGCUCUACUGGAAGAGAAAGUCAUUCUGUCCAACAUCUUUCGUAACUUCUCAGUGAAGAGCAUGCAGAAGCUUGACGAGAUGUGCCCAUUGGCGGAACUAAUUCUGCGGCCAGGGGAGGGAGUUAAGGUCAUCCUUACACCUCGCAAAAAAGCCAUGUGAGGCCACUUAUAGACAGUUUCUUGAUGGAAAAAACUUAUUUAAAGGUGCUUCAAUGAACAAUUAAUAACCUGCAUUAGAAUGUAUUGAUUUAUGCUUACACAUAGGUAACCAAUUAUUAUACCCCCACAAACGAAGUGUAGGGGGGUAUAUAGGAGUGAACUUGUCUGUCUGUCGGUUCUUAUAAGUGUCCACUCUCUAAUUCAGGUCAUUUUCAUCCGAUCUUCACCAAACUUGGUCAGAUGUUGUUUCUAGAUAAUGUCUAGGUCAAGUUCGAAUAUGGGUCAUGCCGAGUCAAAAACUAGGUCACGGGGUCACUUAGUGCGUUUAAACAUUGAACAUUGUGUCCGCUCUCUAAUUCAAGUAGUUUUCAUCCAAUCUUCACCAAACUUGGUCAGAAGUUGUAUCUAGAUGAUGUCUAGUUCAAGUUCGAACAUGGGUCACGGCAGGUCAAAAACUAGGUCACGGGGUCACAAAGUUCGUUUCAUGGUGAGCUUUUGUGAUUGCCUUUUGUCCGUCGUCCGUUGUCCAUAGUCCGUCAUGCGACGACAACAUUUGUCUUGUUCACUCUCUAGAGGCCACAUUUAUUGUCCAAUCUUCAUGAAAUUUGGUCAGAAGAUUGGUUUCAAUGAUAUCUUGGAUGAGUACGAAAAUGGUGACGUUUGCUUGAAAAACAUGGCUGCCAAGGGGCGGGGCAUUUUUCCUUAUAUGGCUAUAUACAGCUAUAGCAAAAUCUUGUUAACACUCUAGAGGCCACAUUUAUUGUCCGAUCCUCAUAAAACUUGGUCAGAAGAUUCAUCCCAAUAAUAUCUUGGCAAGUGCGAAAAUGAUGUUGGUGGGUUGAAAAACAUGGCCGCCAGGGGGUGGGGCAUUUUUCUUUAUAUGGCUAUAGUAAAACCUUGUUAACACUCUAGUGCUUGCUCAGAAGAUUUGUCCCACUGUUAUCUUGGAUGAGUUCAGAAAUUGUAACCUUUGCUUGAAAAACAUGGCUGCCAAGGGGCAGGGCAUUUUUCCUUAUAUGGCUAUAUAUGACUAUAGUAAAAUCUUGUUAACACUCUAGAGGCCACAUUUAUCGUCCAAUCUUCAUGAAACUUGGUCAGAAGAUUCAUCCCAAUAAUAUCUUGGAUGAGUUCGAAAAUGAUGCCGGUUGGUUGAAAAAACAUGGCCGCCAGGGGGCGGGGCAUUUUUCCUUAUAUGGCUAUAGUAAAACCUUGUUAACACUCUAGAGGCCACAUUUAUUGUCCAAUCUUGAUGAAAUUUGGUCAGAAGAUUUGUCUUAAUGAUAUCUUGGAUGAGUUCGAAAAUGGUUACGUUUGCUUGAAAAACAUGGCCGCCAAAGGGUGGGGCAUUUUUCCUUAUAUGGCUAUAUAAGGCUAUAGUAAAAUCUUGUUAACACUCUAGAGGCCACAUUUAUAUUCUGAUUUUCAUGAAACUCGGUCAGAAGAUUCAUCCUAAUAUUAUCUUGGAAGAAUUCAAAAAUGAUGCCGGUUGGUUGAAAAAUAUGGCCACUACGGGGGCGGGGCUAUUUUCCUAAUAUGGCUAUUGUAAAACCUUCUUAACACUCUAGAGGUCACAUUUAUUUUCCGAUCAUCAUGAAACUUGGUCAGAAGAUUUGUCCCAAUGAUAUCUUGGAUGAGUUGAAAAUGGUUUUGGUUGCUUUAAAAACAUGGCCACAAGGGGUGGGGCACUUUUCCUUAUAUGGCUAUAGUAAAACCUUAUUAACACCCUAGAGGCCACAUUUAUUGUCCAAUCUUCAUGAAAUUUGGUCUGAAGAUUGGUCUCAAUGAUAUCUUGGAUGAGUUUGAAAAUAAUUAUGUUUGCUUGAAAAAAAUGGCUUCCAUGGGGCGGGGCAUUUUUCCUAAUAUGGCUAUAGUAAAAUCUUGUUAACACUCUAGAGGCCACAUUAACUGUCCGAUCUUCAUGAAACUUGGUCAGAAGAUUCAUCCCGAUAAUAUCUUGGACGAGUUCAAAAAUGAUGCCGGUUGGUUGAAAAACAUGGCUGCCAGGGGGUGGGGCAUUUUUCCUUAUAUGGCUAUAGUAAAACCUUGUUAACACUCUAGAGGCCACAUUUAUUUUCCGAUCUUCGUGACACUUUGUCAGAAGAUUUAUCCCAAUAAUAUCUUGUUAUCUCAGGUGAGCGACUUUGGGCCUUUCAGGCCCUCUUGUUUAAGAUUAACAUGGUGUGCGCUCUUUAAUUCAAGUAGUUUUCAUCCGAUCUUCACAAAACUUGGUCAGAAGUUUUAUCUAGAUGAUCUUAAGGCCAAGUUCAAACAUUGGCCAUGCCAGAUCAAAAACUAGGCCACGGGGUCACUUAGUAUGUUUUACACAUUCAGCAUGGUGUCCGCUCUCUAAUUCAAGUAGUUUUCAUCCGAUCUUCAACACACUUGGUCAGAAGUUGUUUCUAGAUGAUGUGUAGGUCAAGUUCGAAAAUGGGCCAUGCCGGGUCAAAAACUAGGUCACGGGGUCACUAAGUGCGUUUUAAACAUUGAGCAUGGUGUCCGCUGUUUUUUGUGAAGACAACAUGCAAAAUAUUCUGUGUCAAUGCGGCAUGUGGGGGUAUUCGUCAUGUCUGUGACAAAGCUCUUGUUAUUUUUGUUGCAAGUUAAACAUUUUUAGCUCCACUGGCCAAAGGCCAGCGGGGCUUAUGUCAUGGUCCUGUGCCCGGGUGCGUGCGUGCGUGCGUGCAUGCUUGUGUUAACUUUUCCUUAAAACAUCUUCUUCUCCUAAACUACUGGUCCAAUUCUGAUGAAAUUUCUCAGGAAUGUUUCUGGGGUGAACCUCUUUCAAAUUUGUUCAAAUUAUGCCCCUGGGGUCAAAUUUGACCCUGCCCCGGGGGUCACAAAAAAUGAAAAUUUGCUUAUGUAAGGCCUUUUUUGUAAAAACUUUCAAAAUCUUCUUGUCCAUAACCAUUGGGCCUAGGGCUAUCAAAUUUGGUAUGUAGAGACAUCUAAUAGUCCUCUACCAAAUUUCUUCAAACUAUGACCCUUGGGUCAAAUUUGACACUGCCCUUGGGGUCACAAAAUUGAACAUAUGCUUUUAUAGGGUCAAUUUUGUGAAAACUUUCAAAAUCUACUUGUCAGUAACCAUUGGGCCUAGGGCUAUCAAAUUUAGUAUGUAGAGACAUCUAAUAGUCCUUUACCAAAUUUCUUCAAAUUAUGCCCCUGGGUUCAAAUUUGACCAUGCCCUGGGGUUCACAAAAUUGAACAUAAGCUUAUAUAAGGCCUAUUUUGUGAAAAAUUUCAAAAUCUUUUGUCCAUAACCAUUGGGCCUAGGGCUAUCAAAUUUGGUAUGUAGAGACAUCUAAUAGUCCUCUACCAAAUUUCUUUAAAUUAUGCCCCUGGGGUCACAUUUGACCCUGCCCCGGGGGUCACACAAUUGAACAUAUGCUUUUAUAAGGCCUAUUUUGUGAAAACUUUAAAAAUCUUUCUGUCCAUAACAGUAUGGCAUAGGGCUACCAAAUUUGGUAUGUAGUGACAUGUAAUAGUUCUCUUCUUAGUUUGUUCAAAUUAUGCCCCUGGGGUCAAAUUUGAAAAUGCCCCGGGGAUCACAUUGAAUAUAUGCUUAUAAAGGUCUUAUUUUUUGAAAACUUUAAAAAUCAACUUGUCCAUAAACAUUGGGCCUAGGGCUUCCAAAUUUGGUAUGUAGUGACAUCUUAUAGUCCUCUACCAAGUUUGUUCAAACUAUGCCCCUGGGGUCAAGUUUGACCCUGCCCCAAGGGCAUAGUUCUACCAAAUUUGGUAUGUAGUUACAUGUAAUAGUUCUCUCUUUUUUGUUCAAAUUAUGCCCCUGGGGUCAAAUUUGACCCUGCCCUGGGGGAUCACAAAAUUGAACAUAUGCUUAUAUAAGGCCUAUUUUGUGAAAAUCUUAAAAAUCUUUCUGUCCUUAACCAUCGGGCCUAGGGCUAUCAAAUUUGGUAUGUAGUGACAUCUAAUAGUCCUCUACCAAAUUUGUUCAAAUUUUAUCCCUGGGGUCAAAUUUGACCCUGCCCCGGGGGGUAACGAAAUUGAACAUAUGCUUAUAUAAUGCCUAUUUUGUGAAAACUUCAAAAACCUUCCUGUCCAUAACCAUCCGGCCUAGGGCUAUCAAAUUUGGUAUGUAGUGACAUCUUAUAGUCCUCUACCAAAUUUGUUCAAAUUUUAUCCCUGGGGUCAAAUUUGAACCUGCCCCGGGGGUCACAAAAUUGAACAUAUGCUUAUAUAAUGCCUAUUUUGUGAAAACUUAAAAAAUUCUUGUCCAUAACCAUUAGGCCUAGGGCUACACAAUUUGGUAUGUAGUGACAUUGUAUAGUCCUCUACUUGGUUUAUUCAAAUUAUGCCCCAGGAGUCAAAUUUGACCCUGCCCUGGGGGCCACAAAAUCGAUUAUAUGCUUAUAUAGUGCCUAUUUUGUGAAAACUUUGCAAAUCUUUCUGUCCUUAACCAUAAGGCAUAGGGCUACCAAAUUUAGUAUGUUGUGACAUCUUACAGUUUUCUUCCAAGUUUGUUCAAAUUAUGCCCCUUGGGUCAAAUUUAACCCUGCCCAGGGAGUCACAAAACUGAACAUACACUUAUAUGGGGCCUACAUGUAUUUUGUGAAAACUUUAAUAAAAGUCUUUUGUCCAUAACCAUUGAACCUAGGGCUACCAAAUUUGGUAUGAAGUGACAUCAAAUAAACCUCUACCAAAUUUGUUCAAAUAAUGCCUCUGGGGUCAACUUUGACCCUGCCCUGGGGGGUCACAAAAUUGAAUAAAGGCUUAUAAAGCGCCUAUUUUUUGAAAUCUUUAAAAAUCUUCUUAUCGAAAACCAUUCAGACUAUGGCUACUGAAUUUGGUAUGCAGUAACAUCUUAUAGUCCUCUACCAAGUUUGUUCAAAAUAUGCUGUUUGGGUCAAAUUUGACCCUGACCCCGCGGGUCACAAAAUUGAACAUUAUAUAUGCUAAUAUCUUGCUUAUUUUGUGAAAACGUUUAAAAUAUUCUUGUCCUUAACUCUAGGACCUAGGGCUACCAUAUUUUGUAUGUACAUGUAGUGCGAUAUAGUAGUCCUCUACAAAGUUUGCUCACAUUAUGCCCCUGGGGUUAAAUUUGACCCAGCCCAGGGCGUCACAAAAGUGUACAUGUGCUUAAAUAGGGCCUAUAUUUAAGUAUUUGCACAUGCAGAGAAUAUUUGUUUCAGCCUUUUAUCAGCAGUGGAGCGAUACAGGGCCAUCAUGGCCCUCUUGUUUAAUUUAAAAAGAUUUGUAUGGUUUUAUAAACUUUUUCUUAGGGAUGCAACAAUACUACAGGAUCUGCAUUGCAAUGAUUUUGAAAGACGAACACGAGAAAAUCAAUAAAUAUAAACUCUUGUAGUAUGGCUUCAUUAUUUAAUGAUUGUUUUAGCCAGUAUAGUACAUUAAAGACAGACAAUGUUAACUAGAUCAAUAAAUAUGUGUGUGCUAUAUUAGCCAUAGUACAAGUUUAUUCCCGCUUUGCAAACAAUUAAUCUUAAGUUUCAUUUUUGUAUUUCUAUCAUUUCUUAACAUUUUCCAUGUUUUAAUAAGUGUGGCGAUAUCCCUUAAUGCCAUUUUAUUUUGCGUCAUUUUGAGAACUUUGCUUGCAAGACUUUUCUGGUUAUUUCUAGAUACCGAGGUUUUUAAACAUAAGUCAUAAUGUUUGACUCAGGGCUUUGUUAAAAGUUCACAAACUUUUUUGUAUAUUUAAAAAAACAACAUAUUUUUAAAAUUAUUUUCUUGUUAAGCGUAUAGCCAAAAAAUGGAAGAUUUGUAUGUAAAGUCUUUUGUCAAGUUACUGUGAUGUUUUUAACAUUUUAUGCCUUACCAAUUUGUUUGUGAUAUUUUUAUACAAAAUAAAGGCUGAAAUAAAAAAAGUUGUUUGUAUCAAUUAAAGACUCUUAUUUUUAAUUCGGAAGUUUCCAAAGAGAUUGGGAUUAUUUCUGUCAUAAAACAUCCUUUUUAAUUGAAUACAUCGUUUGUUGUAAGCAAAAACAAGUUUUGCCGACAGACAUACUCUACAUUUUUGGUUGAUAUUAGUAAAAACAAACAACUUUAUUGUUUUGGCUAGAAAUAAGUAUUUUUUCCAGUAUUAUUAGAAAUAAAAUUGUUAAACUCCUGAA